CUGUACAUUUGAGGACACUGCAUUCAUAAAGAUCCGGACAGAGAAUUAAAAAGCCCUGAAGUGCAGCCACAGACUACCUGAGAGAAAAAGGCAUCUCUAAGACACCUAUCACCAUGUCAGAUGAUGGAGAAAAUGGAACCACACCUACAGAAUAUUCUAUAGAUUAUUCAUCAUAUUAUAAUGAAAUGUCGGACUAUGCUCCUUGCAGCAACGCUGGUUUGAUGGAUUUUGGCAAGGUGUUUCUGCCCACUCUCUACAGCUUGGUUUUCAUCCUCGGCUUCCUAGGCAAUGUCCUAGUGGUGUGUGUCCUGGUGAAGCAUCGCAACCAGACCAACUUGACAGACAUCUGCCUCUUCAACCUGGCUCUCUCCGACCUCCUCUUUGUCCUCACGCUGCCUUUCUACUCUCACUACUCUGUGGUCCGUCAAUGGACUUUUGGAGACUUUAUGUGCCGUUUCACCUCUGGCUCCCAUAACACUGGGUUCUUCAGCAGCAUCUUCUUCAUGGUUGUCAUGACGCUGGACCGCUACGUGGUCAUCAUGCACACUCAAAAGAUGGCCCGGUAUCGUACUGUGAGGUUAGGCAUCGUUAUGACCGUGUCCGUCUGGUUGCUGAGCUUGUGUGUCUCUCUACCGGUUAUUAUCUUCACAAAGGUGACAAAUGAUUCUCAAAGGCCGACUUGUAGCCAUGUCCCAAACGACGCCUGGAGGAGUUAUCACACCUUGACAAUUAAUGUAUUGGGUCUCAUGAUUCCCUUGCUGGUGAUGAUAGUUUGCUACUCCAGGAUCAUCCCCAUACUGGUGAAAAUGAGGAGUGCAAAGAAGUACCGCGUCGUCAAGCUGAUCGUCUCUAUAGUGAUUGCCUUUUUCAUAUUCUGGGCCCCAUAUAACAUUUCCAUUUUCUUGGUAUUUCUGAAAUCUGAAGGUGUAUUGCCAAGCGAUUGCAACAUGGAAUCAAAUUUAGGGCUGUCAGUAACAGUGACUGAGACCUUUGCUUACACCCACUGCUGCCUGAACCCCAUCAUAUACGCCUUUGUGGGACAAAAGUUCAUGAAACGAGCCUUGCAGCUUUUGAAGAAAUGUGUGCCUUGGAUUCUCCUUCCCUCCAACAGAGAUCUGUUAGAUAGCUCAUACAGAAAAAGCUCAAACGUGUCCAGGUCCUCUGAUGUCACCUCCAAUCCCAUCAUGUAGGAGGUGGAGGGCAGAUUAUGUUGUAUAUAUUAUGCUUUAUGGAGAUCACCUGCAGAGUUGACAUCUUUGAUCCGGGUAGCCUUGUUAUUAAGGCUACUACUGCCGCGCAUGUUAUCCUUAUAUAUGUUGCGUGAUUUGUUUUGUCACUUCCAGUUUCCACCUGUGACAUCGUUAUUCAUCAGCAUUGUCUUAAAGUGCCUGUCCCUGUACAUAUUAUCUUUAGACCUUUUUGAUUUUAUUUUACAAAAGCUAUGCAGUGUGCCUCCUUUUCCUGCUGAACAUUGACUGAAACCAUGAGCCUCUUGUUUGUGACAGCUUGUAACCACAAAGUUUGUUUAUCUGUACCAGAUGUGCUUAAAACGUUCACACUUUAGUUGAUGAGCCUGCGAGAUAAAGAAAAACAUUCAUACGGUAUGGGAAAACAAUAGCUUUUGAUAUGAUAUAUGGUAUACCAUUUCUAGAGACACAAUGUAGUCUUUUACAACAUGGAAUUAUUUUGUUUUCACAUUCCUUGUGGAAAAAGUUUUUCAUUCAAAUUUUUGAUGAUGAAUCAAAGCCACAAAGUGAAAAUAACAGUGUUAUGUAGCACCUUUCACACAUUCAAACGUCAUCAUUUAUGAUGGAUUUAAAUCUGUUGAUGUGGAACAAAGUUUGGCUCGUCAUACACAGCUGUAAUUUUUUAUAUUUUCUCAAUACAGUAUUUUGCAAAGAUGCAUCUAAUGUUUACAGUAAUACGUUCUUUUGUCUUGGUUAUUUUACUGCCAUUUCAGAUGUUAUUUGCAGAAAAUACAGUACAUGUAUUCACAUGUCAGAUUUACGCUUAAUGCCCUUUAAGCUUUUUUGUUCAUGUUAUGAUUGGCUGUAGUGAUUUAGUUUGCCAGUGAAGGUUAUUAAAGUUUUACAUCUCUUCUCAUAUCCAAGAAGAGUACCAAACAAU